CUUGUGUGUUUUCAUGAUAAGUUCCCGCACAUUUGUUUUUCAAAAGGACAAAUUCAAGAUAAAGAAAAGGAGCUUAAGAGAGACUACAGGUGCUUGAAAGAUGCAAGAACACAAAGUGGGGCAUCUUGGGACGAAAAACUCGGGAUGAUUAUUGCUGAUGAUCCUGCAGUUUGGGAUAAUAUUAUUCAUUCUUUCCCUCGAGCUAAGAAGUUCCGCAACAAACCAUUUCCAAUCUUUGAAGCUUUAGGAGAACUAUAUGAUGGUCAAACUGCCGAGGGCCUCUUGAACUUUACAUCCCUUCAGCCAACAAAUACACUAGAUCAGUCAAGAAACACAGAAGAUGAUAUUGUUACACAAGUAGGUGCUGAUGAUUUGCUGAUGGAGAACAAUCAAGAUGACCUAAACAAUGAUGAUCCAAUCACAGCAAGUGAACAAUCAAAAGUUGAAGUGUCAAAUCAGUUAAAUCAAAGAAGACAAACUGUCAGUACAUCAAGGAAACCUCCUGAGGAUAAAAGAGAGAAGAACCCAAAAAGACAUAAGCAAAAUGGGAAUGUGGCUGAUGCAAUGGAGAAAUACAUAGAGCUGUGACAUAAACAAGCUGAGGAGGAAAUGGUACGGGAAAAAGAGGCUACAAAGCAAGUUGAUGAAUUUUCAAUCAAGAAAUGUAUCGAUGUCUUGAGCACAAUGAAUGAACUAUCCCCUGAGGAAAAUGCCCGGUCAUUUAGUGUUUUUAAGGAUGCUCAGAACAGAGAAAUCUUUAUCAGUGCUAAUCCAACCGCUAGAAUUUUGUGGCUGAAACUUCAGAUGGGUUGAUUUACAUGAGAUUGGGUGCUUUUGUGAGGUCAUGGAGCUAAUAUUAUUAGGUGAAGAUCAAAUGGUGUCAAAGAUAGGACAACAGUGCAUGCAGUUACCAUCUUCAUUUCUUAAAUUUGUGGACAAAUCGAUUUUGGAACCUGGGAACCUAGUUUGUGGUUGUACUCAGUGUUCUAGGUGUUAAUGUCACUUGCUAAUCACUAGAAUUUAAAUGCGUGGGGUACAUUGGCAACUACUAUAUAUGCUUGUAAUAUUGUUUGGAGGGCACAGAUUGACUUACCACAUGCGAAUGUCAACUGCUACAUUGAAUAGCAGUGUUAACUAUCGUUUAAAAGCUUGUCAGUAUUUUCAUUUUCUUUAUUUAAUGAACUAUUUUCUUAA